AUGAAUACGUUUAAUUUACAUUUCAUUUUAAAGUGUUGCUGUAUCCUUCUGUUUUUCUUUGUGUAUAAUGCUACGACUACGUCAUGUAAUUUUAAUAUCAAAUUAAUUCAAACUCUCCACAAUGAAGGGUUCCACAGGAAUAUAACAUAUGAUAUAGAUUAUGGAGCUUAUGAUGGUAAUAAAGACUUUUACGAGGAUUGCUCUGUGGGACUAGAGCAAGUACUGCCAGCUGGCCUUUUUGCUUCUCCUGAUGAACUGGAAGAAUUGAGAUAUAAGACAACAACAAUAUUCAAGAGCAAAGUGGACAUAGAAAUAUCAGCAGAAUUGGCAAGUCCUAUCACUGUUCAUCUAUUGGGCACUGUACAAAGUCACAAAACAUUUCUAUCCCUACCUGUACAUGCUCGCUAUCACAAAUCAGUAGCUGGUGGAGGGUAUGUUAGUGUGGAUUUACCUCCACCACUUCUCUACAUUAACUGUGGCCCCAAGAAAAUUGGAAAGUGUAGCGGUGAAUCACUUGUCAAUAGCUUCUGUCCCAAAAAUCUUCAAUAUAAGUGCCCCUGGAUACAAGUGCCUGUUGGAGGCGGCGCUCCACUAAGUUGGAAGAUACCACGUGGGAAUACGCAGCAUCAUAACUUGGUUUGGUUUGGGACGAUAGCAGUCGUUUGCUUUGGUUCCUUAUACAUCUUGAAAGAAAUACAUUGCCAUAAGACUAGACAAAAUAAACAUUAA